CUCGCCUCCUUCCUCAGGUCUCCCCGGCCGCUGCAUGGCAAGCUGGAUGGGAUCCACAGCUGCGUGCAGGCCCUCCUGCACGAUCAGCCACAGCCCCGCGUCUGGGAGCAGCUGGGCCAGAUCUACGAGUCUGAGCACGAGCUGGAGGAUGCCAUCAAGUGCUACCAGAACGCGGCACGGUACACCAGCAGCUACGGCUACAGCGACCUCACCACCAGAAUCAACCGCCUGCAGCAGGUAAGGACACACCUCGAUGGGCCGAAUGGCCUCAUUUCUCGCUCGCGAUGGCCUUGGAAGUGUAUGUGUAUUUUUUUUUGUCGUCUUCCAUCACUGCCUCCCUCACUCUCUCCUCUUUAUUCCUCUCCUCCUUGCUGCUCCCUUCCCUCCGUCGCUUGCUCCUUGUGUCAGAAGCGAAAUUUCGGUUCACCCAAAACCGGCUGUCAGCUGAAGCGAGCAGCAGGACCUGGGGAGCAGUGUGGGCAGCCAUCCAGCCCCUCUCAUCAGCAAACCAGCCGACCCAGCCACAGCAGUGAAAUCCCGAGCUCGGUCAAACGGAGACGCAGCAGAAGCCCGGACCAGGUCCAAAGCCACCAGGGGUACCAUUUAGGACCAACACAAGCAAGCGACCCAGCUCCUCCCAGUUUACCUUCCAACGGGCCGCACCCUGCGCAGAAAACGAGUCCGGGAUGGACCCCCACGCACAAGGAUUCUUGGACGCACGGAAGGAAAGAGCUCAGUCUCAAUCUACAGGAACCGAAGAAGUCAUUGUCCGACCCCUCUCCACACAGCAGCGUCCGGUCCUCUUCCCCGCCCAUCUCCAGUUGGCACGGCAAUCCCAGCAUCCACCCGGUCACCGUGACGCCAAGCCCCACACCAUCCCCACGCCAAGAGACCCUACCCCAGCAGCCGUGCCCCGGGGGUGAGGUGACAGUCGGGGCGGUGAGGCUACAGGCAGAUGGUGGGCAUUCUCCAGCUAAACGGUGCCAGCCCCCGGGGUCAGGGGGCACUGAGCACCGACAGCUGCAGCAGGGUCCGGAACAUUCAGGCUCCACCGCGCUUCCUCACAGCUUCCAGAAUCCUCAAGACAGUGCCCUGGGCCCGAUGGGGCAGUUAGACCCAGCGUCCCAGAGUCACCGCGGUGGAGGCCUUAGCCAGGACACCCCCGCCAUUGCCACCAGUGCCCCUGCCCCCUCCCACAACCCACACUGUACCCCCCUUGGCAGCAGCUCUCCGGAGCACAGGGAGAGCUGCAAGGAUAGGGAGCACUGCCACUGGAGGCCACCAAGCGGCCAGGCCCAGCCUCGAGCGGAGGGGCAGCCAUCUUGCGGGGCCCGGGAGGAGGGGCCGGGCCGGGCAGCAACGGUUCAGAGUCCCCCCCAGGAGCCCCCAGGGACAGAGCAGGAGCUGAGGCCCCCUGCCUCCCCCUGGGAGGGUGCGCCCCAACGCCCUCGGGAGGCUGGCUGGGCUCAGCCCCCCGCUGCGCCCCGCAUGCCCCCCCUGUCUGGCCCCCACCGUCCCCGCGGGGGCGGGGGGGCGGGCCCGGAGCAGCAGCCGGGCCUAGCGGCCGAAGCCAGGCCUGCUGCGCCCCCCCGGGGCCUGGUGACCCCUCCCCGCCUGGCAGAGGCUCCCAGCUCCAAGCCAGGCCCUGAAGGCCGCUUCCUGCCCCGGCCUCCGCCCCUGACCUGCGCCCUGUCCGGGAGGCUGGCCCCUCCCCCUCCCCCACCCCCACCCCCGCCCCGGCCUCCCCCCUCCCCUGAACCCCUGGUCAAGGAGCCACCCGCGCCCCCCGACAGCGAGAUGUGGAUCAAGGCCGUCUUCACCACCACCGAGGCCCAGAAGGGGGUGCCCGACUCCGCCCACCGGUGGCACCGGGGCGGCUCCGGCAAAACCGGGGAGCCUGCCGCGGCGCUGGCCCCUCCUGAGCCUGGCCUACCCCCCCACCGCCCGUCGCCAGGGGAACGGCGGCACGAGCCCCGCGGCAAAGCCCCGAGCCGGGAGCGGAGGCGUCGGGGCGGCCGCUCGGCCAAGGGCAAGCAGCGGUGCGUCCUCGGCAACAUCGACCUCCAGAGCAAGGAGAUCCUGGCGCGGCACAAGCUCAGGUCCGAGGGGCCCCGGGGGACCAAGCCUGGUGCCCCCAACCCGGCCUCCCCCGAGGAGCCUGGGCGGGCCGGGACUCGCAGGCCAGAGCCUGUGCCGCCACCGAACCCCACGGCAUCCACCACCACCAGCAGCACCACGACCGCCACCAAAGAGCCAGAGGCCGGGCCGAAGGCCACCUCCAACGUCCUGAGGGUCAAACCAUUCCCGGACGGCACCACCAAGGAGCUGAAGAUCAAACUGGUGAAGGUGGAGAGUGGCGACCGGGAAACCUUCAUCGCCUCUGAGGUGGACGAGAAGCGGAUCCGGCUCUCUGACCUCACCAUCGAAAACUCCGGGGCAGAGGUCGUCCGGGCCUGCCGGUCCACAAAGCUGAAGGGAAAGUUCACCGCCUCGUGUGUGUUGCCAGCACAUUCAGUGAAGCCAGGCUGCCUCACCGAGCAACAGGCCAUUCGGGAUAAGCUGAACCCUCCCACGCCCAGCAUUUACUUAGAGAGCAAGCGAGAUGCUUUCUCCCCCGUACUUCAGCAGUUUUGUACAGACCCGAAGACACCGAUCACUGUGAUAAGAGGCCUGGCUGGAUCUCUCCGAUUGAAUCUGGGCCUGUUCUCGACGAAGACCCUGGUGGAGGCCAAUGGUGAGCACACGGUGGAGGUCCGCACACAGCUCCAGCAGCCUUCAGACGAGAACUGGGACCCCUCAGGAGGCAACCAGACCUGGCCCUGUGAGAGCAGCCGCUCCCACACCACCAUCGCCAAGUACGCCCAGUACCAGGCCUCGUCCUUCCAGGAGUCUCUGCAGGAAGAUAAGGACAGCGAUGAGGAAGACGGGGAGCCCGAGCCAGAGAAAGCUGCCGAAGUCCCGGAGACUAUUCACAGCAACGGACAGAAAGUUCCGCUGAAGGUGAUCAAGUUCGGGACCAAUAUCGAUCUGUCAGAUCCCAAACUCUGGAAGCCGCAGCUACAGGAGUUGCUGAAGUUACCAGCGUUCAUGCGCGUCUCAUCGAACGGGAACAUGUUGAGCCACGUGGGGCACACCAUCUAUGGCAUGAACACUGUGCAGCUCUACAUGAAAGUUCCUGGCAGCCGGACUCCAGGCCACCAGGAGAAUAACAACUUCUGUUCGGUGAAUAUUAACAUCGGGCCCGGGGACUGUGAAUGGUUUGCUGUACCGGAGGCUUACUGGGAAACCAUCAGUGAGUUUUGUGACAGGUAACUCCCCCUCUGUGCUGUCCUCAC